AUGAUGGCAUCGUCGAAUUUCAUCUAUACACUAGUCUUUGUGCUGAUUUGCCGAAAUGCAGCUGCACCGUUUUCUUCACCAAGUAGAACCGAUCCAAUCUGUUCAUCGGCUCAACUCAUUGCUCCCGGCCAAGGUUCAUUAGUUUACAAAUAUAAGACAGAAGUCAAACUUUCUGUUGCCAAUGCUCAGUUCGAUUUAAAGAAUGAGAUCACAGCUGAUGUGCACAUCCGAAGUUUGGGUGAUUGCAACUAUGCUGUUCAACUUCGAAAUAUCAAAAUUACCGAAACGAAAGAUGAAGAUGAAACACCUGUAACAUCGACUGCCAGUGCUCAACGAGAACUUGAAAGUGUUUGUGCACGUUUUCGAUGGGUUGAUGGUUUUGUUGUCGCUGUCGAAGCUGAUUCAUCAGCCAAAGUUGAUCAUGUCAACUUUAUCAAAGGUGUUCUCAGUACACUUCAAGUUUACUCUCCUGUACCUAAUGAUCACGAAAAUCUUGUACGAGAAGAAGAUGUACUUGGCGUUUGUACAACUCGCUACAAAUAUUCGCAGAAAGGUCCAGUGACACAAAUCGAUAAGAAUAAAGAUUUAUCAACUUGUUCCAAGGACAAAUUACAUUUAAGUUCAAGUCCUGUUUUAACAUCGCUUCUAGGUCCUUUGAUGGAAGAAGCUUUUGCUGCUAACACACGCUAUGUUUGUCGUACCGAUAUUCGCGACAAGAAAAUCCAGCGCGUCCGAUGUAAAACAAUCGAAAUCGAUGAUGAAGAAGGCAAAAAACCAGGCAAGAAGCCUGCGGUUCAAGGUGAUGAUGAUGACGGAGCUAUCCGUAGUGAUGAUAACAGCUCCGAAGAACAAGAGGAGAUCGAUUUCAAUAAUAAAGAUGACGACGAAGAAAUUUCAACUAAACUUGUCUCAAUUACACAAGAUUUAACUUUACAAAGCAACGCCGCUGCCCAAGUCGAUGGCUGUCAACUUCGAAAUCCUCUUCGACAAACAUUACAAUUUGUUCCCACCGCAACGUUCGAUAAAUCCAACGAAGCUGUUUCAUCAUUAGUAUCAAAAAUUCAAGACCUUCUCAAAACACAAGAUUGGAAUCAAUUUGCUUCUGCACGUUUCGUACAAAUCGCCAACGAAUUACGGCGAAUGGAUCGACAAAACAUCGAAGCAUUCCGAGCCAAUACAGGCCUUAAACAUUUAGUGCCCACAUUUCUCAAUACAAUCUAUGCUCAUGAUCCAAGUGCUUCACUGCUUAAUCUUGAUACUCAAACAUUGAAAUUUGCCAACCCACUCUCUGUUUUUUAUUUGGAUAAACCAUCAACUGAACUCGUUGAUCAAGUUGUUCAAGCGGCACGUCGAUUAACACCUCAGCAAGUACCGGAAUUCGUUGGUCUUGCUGCAAAUAUUCUCAAAACAUACAAAUCACGAGAAGACAACAACAAAGAUGCUGACGUGAAAAUCAAAGAUUUCCAACGAUCUAUUUCAAGAUUUCUCACUAAUCCAACAAAAGAAAACAGCAAUGUAACUACCGCUGUUUUAUCAACUUAUGCUCAAUUAGGCUUAUAUGAUGAGAACGUCCGACGACUUGCUGCUGAUGAUCAAGCUGACUUAGAAGUUCAAUAUCAUGCAUUGAAUGCUAUUCGUCAUAUCUGUGAUCAUAAUAUUGAAGAUAGCAGUGAAUUGCGAAUUCGACAAGAUCUUCAAAAUAUUUUAUUGAAAAAGCUGCAAAACAAAGCCAAUAAAAAUGCCGCACGAGUAUGGGCAUUCGAAGCUUUGUUUACACCGUUUAUCUAUAAUCCCGAAGAAGCUGAUUCAUCAUUAGGUGAUGCUUUGGAAAAGGCUCUUGGCGAUGUUCUUAAUGAACCACUCAAUCAAGUUAAUGGUUUCAUUUGGUCAGCAUUGAAAUAUUCGUCUCUUGAUCGUCUUUGUCCAUUACGUGGUCUUGCUGCUCGUCUUCGUGCACAUCAUACCAAUAAGAAACAAUUCAGCGAACAAGCAACCAUCUCUUCGCGACAAAUUCAACUUGAAAUGCCGCUUCGUCGAAACUACGAAGCCGUGAUUCAUCUUUGCAUUGUCUUCGAAAAUGACCGUGUUGUUCCAUCGUUCAUUGGUUUGAAAUUAGCAUUCGAUGGUAUUCGUCGUGAAACUCUUCGUCUACCAUGGAUCGAUGUCGCAUUGAUUAGUGAAAAUCUUGAUUGGAAUUUUGCUGAUUAUUUCUUGCGUUUGGAUCCAUUAACCAAAGGUAAAACCGUUACUGAUGAAGAAAAAGAACGCACUAAGAAGGCAUUACCGCCUAAUGUUCAACGAAUGCAAGAUGAAUAUGAUGAUAAAGAAGAUCCUGAUCCGUCAGUUCACCUAUAUUUGAAAUUAUUCGGAGCUGACAUUCGUGCACGAGACGUCACUGAUAAAGUUCAAGAUCUGCUUCGUUCAAAUGUUCGCACAUUCGUUCGAAAUCAAAUCUUGGGACGAUUGAACGAAUUAAGAGAGAAAAAUCCCAUCUUUCGUAUUCCAUUAGAAAUUGGUGCUGCAUCAGCAGCUGCUAAUGGUUUGACAUUGUACCGAUCAGCUCAAGUUGCUCUACUUGCUGAUUUAUCAACCGAUUUGAAAAAUACUCGCGAUGCUGCAGGACUUGGCUUGUUCUCAAUCACCAGUCGAUCAGCAUUGAGCUUUUCGCUGACACUUCAACGUGAAGUUGCAUCACCAAUUGUUAGCAUCGGUGAAACGAUUGAAAUUGGUGCUAUAUCAAAUGUGCCAUUUGAAUAUAAAGCAGAAGCUAAUAAUCAAGGACGCACACGAGAAUUCAACCUUCUCAAUGCUCAAACAACAGCUUUAGCAACUGAAUUUCAAUACGCAAUACGUACGUCAAAAGGUCUUACAGUAAUUCCAAAUCCUAAAACAACUUCUGUCGAUCCAUCAUGCACACCAGGCCUUGUCUAUCGUGGAUUAGGUAUUCGCGCAUGCUUAGAACUUAAUCCUUUUCGUUCAAUUCAACUUGGCAGUCGACCAUCGUAUCCAAUGACAGUUACCAUUACCAAAGAUCCAUCGAUCAAGAAAUGGCGUAUUGGCUGGCGUUACAAUGCUCAAGAUGCUCCUCAAUAUGAAGUUGGUGUUGAAAAAAUCGGCGUAACUGGAACUUAUCCUGGCUUGGGCAUCUCUGCAACGAAAAAUGGCAACAAUUUUGAUAUUAAAGUUCUAACUGGAAUGAAAUCUUUCAAUGUUAAAGGCACACAAAAUGGUAAUCGAUUCACUGGCAGUGUUUAUUCUAGUGAUAACAAAGAAGUAAUGACAACAUCGGGAACAUUGGUUGUCAAUGACAAUGAGUUUAAAUUGGAAAGUCGACUUGUUGACAGUGCUACUCGAAAAGAAGUUUUGUUGUUAACAACAGAUAUCUUACCCAAUCGUGGACAAGGUCUUACUGCUGAUAUCAGUGCAACAACACCUGAUCGAGCUAAAUCAUUCAAGAUUCACUUCCGUGGUGAUUUAUACCGACCGGAAUCGAAACUUCUCCAUAUUGAUGGCAACUUCAAUCUUGGCGAUGUCACUUAUAGUGGUAAAGCUCAUUUAGAACAAAAUAGCGCUCGCACACGAAUUGAAUUGAAUCGUGCAAUGAAAUUAAGUCGAGGUGCUUCCUCCAAUGGUUAUGACUUUCUCUACGAACGUCGAAAUAACCUCGGAGCCACGGAAAAUAGUUACAAUAUUAUUUCCCAUUUGUCAUUACAAACACCAGCACGUCCUCAACCGGUCAAAUUUUAUGACUUCAAAGCAACUUUUGAUCAAGCCACUGAUUUGGCAAAUGCAUCGCUUCGUAGCAGUUUAGAUUUUCUUAUCGUAACACGAAAUCCACCAGUUGAUGAACGAAUCGAAUUGGACUAUCAUCGACGUUCUGUUCGAACAUCAAGCCAAGGAAGACGAUUGAUUUCUCCCGAAGCAAACAUCAAAGUUCAAGUCAAAACUAAAUCCAAUGUAUUCGGUGUUCUUCUCGAUCAUCGUCAUCGACGAAGUGCAGAAGCAUCGAAAAAAGGCCCUGAUGUGCAACCGCCCACACUUGAUAUUGCCAAUAAGAUCCAUCUUGUCGCUGACACUGACAAACUACUUCCAGAUAUUCCACGCCCAUUUGCCUUCGAUAUCUUAUCAGACCUAGACUUCGAAUUACUCAACAAAGUUGACUAUAAAUUUCAAUACGAUCUUCGCCGUCGUCAACGUUCGGGAUCAUUCACUUAUCACAGCCAAGUUGAUCGAGUUACUGAAGGCCACAUAUAUUCAGGUGCCAGUCGAUCAGAAUUUCAAUGGGAUAACAAACAAAAACGAGCCACUGCCAUAGGUAACUUUAGUAUCUGUACACGAUUACGUUCGUUGAAAACCCAUUGGGAUAUCGAUACAAAUCUUGUCCCAGAACGUAACGAUAUGACCCUUGAUUUGAAUGUUCGUUUUGAUCGUCAACCAAAGAAAGAAUCAGCCAAAUCAUUUAUCGGUGUAUACGAUAUCAAAGUAAAAGCACCUAAACACGAAAGAUUUCAAUUGAUCGAUAUUGAUGGUAAUGUCACAAGACAAGAAGGAUUGAUUGAAACAUUCAAUUCCAUUGCUUUUCGUGCUGAUAAUGAUAUCAAGGAAAUCAACAUCAAUUUUGUACUCGAUCGUAAUCAAACUGGCGAUGGUUCAUUGAUGACGCACGCUGUUAUUGCUUUACCAUUCUUGAAAAAUCUUCCAUACAUCAGUCAUGAUUUAAUGCUUGAACGAUCCCCGACUGAUGGACGUUUAACCCAUGCUGCUUCACGAUUGGUUGCCAAGCCAGUAUUUGCACAUUACGGACACAUUAACAUCGAACGGUUCAAAGGCGACCAACCGCCAGCUGUUCAUGUUGAUAACGAAAUCGAAUACUUACGUUCAAAUGGAGACAGUUUAUACGGUUUAUCCAAAGUUGACGUACAUCGUUGGUCAACAUUACACUCACUCGGUGUCUUCAAACGUAAUACCGCUGUUUUGCAUAAACAUUCGAUUGGUUAUAUCUUCUCGAACAAAACAAGAAAAGUUGCAUUGUCAUUCGAAAGUCCACAAUUGUCAGGCAAUCCAUUAAGUAUCAUCGGUGAAUUAACAAUCGAUCGAAAAAAUCGUAUUGGUAAAAUGAAAUGGCCACAAGAAUUUGGCGUUCAUCUAGAAUUCGGCACACCUAUAUCCAAUUUAACAGCACUUCAAUUCUUCUACAAUCUACCCAUGUUUCAUGCUGAUGAUGAUCAAACAAUUGAUGCUCAUAUUGGUUUCAAACUUGCAUCACCAAAAAUUACUCCAAUCAGCUUCUAUUUCAAUUCGGAAGGUUCACUCAAUACCACACUCCAUGCUACUGAAUCUCUACAAGUUGGUGAUGACAUAGCCUUGGGUGCCCAAUUAACUGCUCAAUACAAUCCACAAGCUGUUAGUCAAAUAAGUCUUACAACAAGCUCGAAAUACUACAAUACAGAAUUUCAAAAUGCUCUUUUCGCAUUAAUGAAACAACACCAACUUACUGUACGCGGUGUUAUCAACACAACUGACGAUGAAGAUUACAAAUAUGAAAUGGAUAUUGGCUUUGAUGAAGAAGUCCUUGUUGGUCAUACAGAACGAACUGACGGACAACAAUUGUUCACAUCCGACAUUGAUGCUAAACGAUGCUCAGCAAGUGGCAAAUAUUCUCGCUGUUACCGAGGUGACAUCACCAUUCGUGCCGGUAAUAGCGGUUCCGGACGAAAAGGUUCUUUCGACAUUAGCUAUGGUACUGGUACAGCUAAGCUCGACAUUCGUGUGCCGGAAAAUAUUGAAUUGAAAUUCGACCACACUCACACAGGUCGUCUACGUGAUGAAGAUUUCAAUUCAAAAACCACCAUCGAAGGUCGAUCAUUCCGCGCCAACAACCGUCGUUCAUUCAGUUAUACAGGUGCUGUUGACAAAGAAGAUGGUAAAUGGAAUAGUCUUAACUUACAAAGUACAUUAGUGGACAAAAAUGGACAAAAAGCAGUGGAUUCAAAUAUUCGUAUGAAACAACAAGUUUUAAAUAAACUUACAGGACAAUAUCAACGUAAGAUUGAUGUCAAUCUUGAACGCAAAGGUCAACCUGUCAUCACAUGGUCAAGUGAAUCGAACAGUUGUGCAAACAAUCCAUCGAACGUUCUCUACGGUGUCUGCCAAACUACAACAUUCAACAUCAAAGCAAGUAACCAACUAGCACAACGUCUUCGACAACGCCUAGAAUUACCAGCUGAUCCCAAAUUAGCUAAUCCAGCUGGUCAAAUAACAUAUGACGGUACAAUGAAACUUGACUUAAAACAUGACCCUAAAUCAGGUCCACACACCGCUACACUUGAUAUCAAUCGUCUUAAAGAAGAUGCUGUUGAUCUCGAUGUGUCAUUCCAACCUCGACACGAGAAUGGUGCUAUGAAUCUUCGAUUGAAAGCUAAUUUACCUCGACGAGAUCCUAUCAGUGUUAAAUACGACGAAACUCGUCAAUCAUCAACACGUUUCAAUGGCGUUUUGAAAUAUUCAUUCAAUGCCAACGAUAACUCCGCAGAAAAAACACUUCAAUGUGAAGUCGACCGCCAAGAUCAAAACGAUGUAUCAGUUAAUUGUAAAGGAGAACGAACAACAUUAACCUUGGACAUUGAUCGUAAUGCUGGUAAAUCAAAAGCGUACAUCGAUUUAAAUCGAUAUCCAGGUCAACGAAUUGGUUACGAAGGCGUACGCAAUCCAGAAACGAAAGAACUCGAUGCUACUUUAUACACAUUGGUGUCGUCAUGGAACAUUAAACGACAGCCAGGACGAUCAACAACUGUCACAGUUCGACAAAAACAACAAGAAGUGUUUCGUCUUGAAGGUACUAAAGUCAAUAAUCAAGAAUAUCAACUUCGAUUUUCACCUUCGAAUGUUCAACUCAGACUCGAAUGGGAUAACUCCACUGUUCUCACCCUCAAACAAACAGCACCACAACAACGAAACAUAGUUACAUUAACCAUUGAUCGUCCUCGUAUUCGUAAUUAUCUACCAUCUUUACGUAAUCAAGAUCGACCAUCACAUGACAUCGAUGAACCAUUAUCAUCAUCCCGAAAACCACUAGUUGAACUUGCUUUUGAUUCACAUAUCUUUUUAUCACUUUCGCAAGCUCUCGAUAAAUUGGGUUCACACAAUGGUCUAUACGGUCUAGACACAAUUAAGAAAUCAUUCAAAUUGCAAAUUGGCGAUGCUCCAGUGACAAUCUACAAUACUCAACACUGGAAGACUCACCGAGAACAUAGCAAAUUACCUGAAAGUUACUCUCUUCGCAUAGUCAAUGAUGCCAAUAGUAACUUCGUUCAAUUGACAACUAAUAAAUGGAAUGAAGAUCGUUUAAUAACCAAACUCAGUCAUUCAUUUGAUGGUGGUAGAACUUUAACAACUGACUUGAAACUUAACCGAAACUAUGGAUAUCCAGUUGGUUCACUAUUCUUCUUCCAUAGUGUAGGUUAUCGAAAUCCCGAUGGAGGAAAACAACUUCGAAAUUUCACACGAAAUUUUGUACAAAGUCAUUUGAUGAAAGACAUGAAUAAAACAAAUGCUGCCGAAUUAGCUCGUAAUUUUCGUCAACGUCUCCGAUCAAUUAUCAGUGCUGAUUACGAAGCAUUCAAAACAAUUGUUAAUGCAUGGAGUAACGAACCAGAAAAGAACUUUCUUCCUCGAUUGACAGCUCGUUUGGGUUUACGUGAAUUCUUUGCCAAAUAUCCAACGUACAGUCAAGCAUCUGAUCGUAUAUUUUCUACCCUUCGUGAACGUGCUGUGGAACGUGAAGCAUUCUGGCGCGAACGCAUUGCAGCAAUUGUCAAUGAUAAUCGUCUCAAAGAAUUUGCUGAACGUUUUCAAACACGGCGUUUAGCCUUAAUUAAACGCUUGUUAGACCGAGCUGACAAACUUCUCGAACGUUUCGUACCCAAAGUUGACCAAUCGGCUAUUGAUAAACGUAUUUCUGAAUAUGUUACCAAGAUAGUCGCUGGCAUGGAACGAAUGUCUCGACAGAACGCUGAGCAAUGGAAAACGGUGUUCAAAGCUAUCGAUGAUGCAAGUAAAGGCGAAGAAAAUAAAUGGUUCCGAACAUUAGUGGCAGAUAUUGAUUCCGCUGCCUUUGCUGCUGCCGCUGAUGCUGAAGUAACAAAAUCAAUGAACAAAUUACGUGAUUCGUCCAAAUUACUUGCUAGUAACAUUCAAAAACUUUCAUUACGCAUCACUAAACGCCAAGAAUCUCUUCGAGAACGCGUUCGAAACUUUAUUCGCCAUCUUCCAAAGGUUUAUAUCAACAGUACCAGCUUUGAAUUAUUAUUCCCUGUUGGUCGUCAACCUGGCCGAUAUGCUGGUAGUAGUGAAACACUGCUUGCACUUGGUAGUCUUCUUCGUAAUCGUGACCAAGCAUUCGAUACAAUACGUUCCGUCUUAGUCAAUCGCUUAGAAGCCAGAACUGAAACAACACAGAAUUACCUUAAAGCAUUGUUUCAACUUGGUAAACGUCUCCUCAAACGUAAUCCAUCAUUGACACCUGAAUACAAAGCAGUCAUUGCUGAAACAGGUGACGGCAUCGAUUUUCACGGUCAUUACAUCUACCUUGCUCCAUCGUGUGAUUAUCUACUAGCACACGAUUUUGCUAAUCUUCAAUUUUCAUUUCGUUUUAUCAACGGCAAAGUUUAUUCAUUGAUUCCUAACCAAGGUGAAAUCAAGGAAUUCCAAUGCUCCAACACUACUCGAGUUAAAAUGUGUAAUCAUGGCAAUUUCUAUACUAUCGAUAUGCCAAUGCAUUAUGGUGGAUUUGCUGAUGGUCUUUUAGGCAAUAUUCGUGAUCAUAGUGGCACCAAAGAUCACAAUAACAAGCGUUGGACCGUACGUGAUUGUCAUAGUGCAGAACAUCCUUCGACACCAUCAAAUGAAGCAUCAAUUCUCGAAUGUGUCAGUGGAAAUGAGGAGCGUCAAGAAUUCUGCGAAAAUUUCGUUCGACAUGGUCUUAAAAAUGGACAAGAUCGUCGACGAUUGAUCGCUCAAGCUAAUGAAGCACGUAAAUACGUCUCCUAA